CCGAAAAAAACAGAGAGAGAGAGAGAGAGAGAGAGAGAGUAAAAAACAAGAAAGGGCAACGAAUAAGCAGAAAUAAAGUGCGUUUUUUGUUUGUUCGUAUGUGUGUGUGUGUAUAUGUCCUUAAAAAAAUGAUGAUGUUUGCCCAAGUAAAUUUAUUUGCAUUUUUAAUGCCCAUGUCACGUUAACUGGGCUUAAAUACAACCACAACUAACAUUGAAAACAACAGAAGAGAAAGAGAACGUCCACAGCAAAACUCUCUCUCUCUACCUGAAUUCCAGCAUGCAGCUCAAAGCUGGCAGCAUUCGCUCCAUUUGGCUGAUCCUUUGCCUGAUCAUCAGCCUGAACCAAUGGCAAUUGAUUCAAACCCAUGAGCAUAGUGAUGGUUUCAAGCCUGACGGUGAAAUCCUGCGCGUUCUUGUCAAUGGGUCGGCCCAAAUCAAAUGCGAUGUCGGCUCUAGUCUACCGGAUGACAAAGUCCUUUUGGUUGUUUGGUAUAAAAAUAAUUUACCCAUUUACAGCUACGACACACGUGGCGCCCAUGCUGGUACCCCUUCUCAUUGGCGUGACGAAGAGGUCCUUGAGGAUCGAGCCGUCUUUCGUACACACAAAGAGCCAGCGGAAUUGAUUAUAAAUCCGGUUAAGGAAAAGGAUGCAGGCAACUUUCGCUGUCGAGUUGACUUUAAGCUAUCCCAGACAAGAAACAGCAAUGUGAAUUUGGAAGUUGUUGUUCCCCCACUCCAGCCGAAUAUUUUCAAUGAGCGUCGCCUGCGAAUCGAUUCUCGUGCUGGACCCUACGAAGAGGGCGGCAGUUUGGAAGUUACCUGCGUUGUCUAUGGCGGUUCACCCCCGCCAACUGUCACCUGGCUGAUGAAUGGGCAACUCCAGAACAGCGUUGUCGAUUACACCUACGAUGGGACCAUCAACAGCAAAUUGGUUGUGCGCAACUUGUCACGCAUCCACCAACAUGCGGUCUACACGUGUCAGGCUAGCAAUUUCCACAAGAAAUAUGUGGCCACCAAUAUAACCAUCGAGCUAUAUCUGCGACCUUUAUUGGUUGAAAUCAGCUUCAACAAUCAGCCCAUGUCGGCAGAUCGAAAAUAUGAAAUCGAAUGCCAGGCCAUUGGUUCUAGGCCACCAGCCAAAAUAACCUGGUGGAUGGGCAAUGUGGAACUUCAUGGUCACAGUCAAAAGGUAUCUGAGGAUGGCAAUGUCAGCGCAUCGGUAUUAUCCAUUACACCCUCCAGAGAAGAUCAUGGCAAAGCAUUAUCCUGUCGUGCCACCAAUGAACUCGUACGCAAUGGCAUACGCGAAACGGCUAUGAAACUAAAUGUAUUUUUCAUACCCACCUUACAACUGGAUCUGGGAUCAAAUCUAAAUCCGGAGGACAUUGAGGAAGGCGAUGAUGUUUAUUUUGAGUGUAAAGUGCAUGCAAAUCCGGCUGCUUAUAAAGUUGUCUGGAAACAUAAUCAUCAAAUCAUCCAACACAAUCAACGAGCUGGCGUAAUUGUCAGCAGCGGAGAUCUGGCCCUCCAGGGUGUCACGCGUCAUCAGGCGGGAAAUUAUACCUGCACAGCCUCUAAUGUAGAAGGCGAUGGCGACUCAAAUGUGGUGGAACUGAAAGUGAUGUAUAAACCAAUUUGCCGGCCCGAUCAAAAGAAAAUCUAUGGCGUGGCCCGCAACGAAGCAGCCGAAAUUGUUUGCGAAGUGGAUGCCUUUCCGCCGCCAGAGAACUUUAAGUGGUCCUUCAAUAACACCGCCGAGACUUUCGAUAUGCCACAAAGCGGAUUUCGACCACAUUCAGCUCAGGGUUCAACACUGACCUAUACACCAGUUAAGGAAAUGGACUUUGGCACCAUUAUGUGCUGGGCCGACAACAAUGUGGGUCAACAGAAGGAGCCCUGUGUAUUCCAUUUAAUAGCUGCUGGCAAACCGGAAGCUCCCACCAAUUGUACGGUGGUCAAUCAAACGUCCGAUUCACUUGAGGUUUAUUGCAUUGAAGGUUUCGAUGGCGGAAUGCGCCAAUGGUUCCUAUUGGAAAUCUAUGAUCAGCACAGCGGGAUACUUCAGGCCAACAUCAGUGCCAAAUUCGCGGUGCUCAGUGUGACGGGUCUUGAUGCGGGUCGACUGUUUCGCAUCUAUAUCUAUGCGGUGAAUGGACGAGGACGCAGUGAUGCGGUUGCCCUUGAUGGUUAUACCCUAAAGGCGGCCGAGAAACAAACUGUUGCAUUGACCUCGUACAAGGGAAGCUCACAGAGCCCAAAUAAUUUCGAACUGACACCCAUACUAUCGAUUGGAAUCUUUGUGGGCAUUCUGGUGGCCAUUGUUUGCAUUGGUAUUGGGACAAUUGCCGCAUUGAAGCUGCGCUCGCACAAGCAUCAACAUCAACAGCAGCAUCAACAGAAAUUUCAACAUCCGAAUGCAAAAUUCUCACGUCCAGGCAAUUUACAAAUUAAGGAUAAAAUCUCAUUGCCAUUGAGUCAUUCGGAGGAGAUGUACGACGAGAAGAAUCCCGAUGUUGUGCCCUACAAUGAGGUGGAUGGCGAAUAUAAACAAAAAUCAGCGACACAAACGCCAUCGGGACAUCUUUCAACGACCAGCGAAGUGGAAAUCAGCUGCAAACCAGGCUCCACAUCUGGCGGUGUUUCCUCUGCCAGUGGCCCAGUUGCUGGCUCUGGACCGGGGGGUGUGGGCGGUUCUGGCAACGUCUCGGGCUCUGGCAACAACUCGGCGGACACUGGUAGCACCUACCAGAGCAGCAAGGACGAUGAGUUGCACUAUGCUGAGCUAUCAUUGAGCGGCGGAGCCGGUGCCACUUCCACCACAAAGAAGGGUCAGUCAACGAGUGGCGCUUCGCAGCAGCCACCGAUUGGGGGCACAUUGCCGCAUGGCUCUAGCAUGAGGAAAAUGUUGCCCAGCAUUCCGGCCACUGCCACAUUGCAGCGGCACAAGCCAAAUGCGGGCGGAAUGCAGCAUCCACAUCAGCAUGCACCGCCUCCCACAUAUGACUACGAUUACUUUGAGGAGCCCACGAUAUACGCUCAAAUCGAUGCCUAUAAGACGCGAGGUGGUGGUGGGCAAGUGGAAACUGGCGGAGGAUUCGCGCAAUGCAUGUCGUCGCCAGGCUCCCAUGGUACACCAUCGACAGUGUCACCGGGCACAGUGCAAAUGUAUACGCUCCCCUCCCAUCCGGGCGGCUAUCAUACAUUGCCCCACAAUCAUCAUCAGCAACAGCAGCAGGGGCCACAAAAUUCGGCCUCCAUGAUGCAAAUGAUGCAGCAGCAGCAGCAGCAACAGUUGCAUCAUCACCCCAUUGGCAAUAUGCCCAUGCCGCCCUCCUACCAGCAGCAUCAACAGCAACAGCAGCAACAACAACAACUGGCCCAUGGCCAAUUGCUCGUCUCGAGCAAUAGCAGCGGAUUGGCCUCUACCACGGCGGCUGUGGCCAGUCCAAGUAGCUCAUUGCCCGGACUCUCCGGAGUGGGUAAAUCCUAUUCGCGUGAAAUAGUCACCGUACGUACACCGCUCAUGUAUUCGCAGCAGGAGAGCUGCGUCUAAAUCCAUCCCUGUCCCCGCCCCGGCUUUCAGCCAUUCGGCUAGCCCUCGUUUUACCGUAUUCACUCAUUAGUCAUGUAAGUCUUGAGCUCUAUGUGGUUUGUGUCUAGGCUAAGGGUUUUUGCCAAAAUGAAUUGACCCCAAAAUCCCCCUCCUAACUCCUUCAGUUUGCCGAAAAAAAAAUGCAACAACUAAAUAUUAAUUAAUUACCCUGUAUUCAU